AUGGCUCACAUUGAUGCGGGAAAAACUACUACUACUGAACGCAUACUUUACCAUAGUGGAAAAAUUCAUAAAAUGGGGGAAGUUCACGAGGGGAAAGCCCAGAUGGAUUUUAUGGACCAAGAGCAAGAGCGAGGGAUUACUAUUCAAUCAGCGGCUACUACUGUUUACUGGCAAGGGCACCAAAUAAAUAUUAUUGAUACCCCCGGGCACGUCGAUUUCACAGCCGAGGUGGAAAGGUCAUUGCGAGUUUUAGACGGCGGAAUAGUAGUGCUGGAUGGCAAAAAAGGUGUUGAAGCCCAAACCGAAACUGUUUGGCGACAGGCCAAAAAAUAUAAAAUCCCGCGGUUAAUCUUUAUUAACAAAAUGGACGGGGUUGAUAAUGUGGAAAAAUUUGAUGAAAAUUUAAAAAGCAUUCGGGAAAAACUCCAUACUAUCCCUCUCCCAGUUCAGUUUCCAAUUGGGGCUGGUCGGGAACUAGAAGGAGUGGUAGACAUAAUAGAACAAAAAGCUUAUUACUGUCAAAUGGGUGAUAAGGAAGAAAAAUAUCAAAUAAAAGACAUUCCAACAAAUUUAUUAGAAAAAGCUAAGCAAUAUCGCCGAGAACUAAUAGAAAAAAUAAUCGAACAUGAUGAGAAGUUAGCCUUAAAAUAUUUAGAAGGCGAACAAUUAUCAGUGGAAGAAAUAAAAAAAUUACUUCGUCAAGCUACCUUAACUGGUAAACAUUUCCCAGUUUUUUGUGGUUCGGCCUAUAAAUAUGUGGGUGUGAAGUUGGUUUUAAAUGGAGUAGUAGAUUAUUUACCUUCCCCUUUGGAUAUGGCAGAAAUACCCGUUUUUUCGUUACGAGAUAAAAACAAAGCAGGAAAAAUAUUAGCAAAUUCUUACAUAUAUAACGUUAACCAAGACAAAAAAGAAAGAAUUAGCCAAUUAGUAAGAGUACAUGCCAAUGAUAAAGAAAAAAUUAAAGAAGUGGGAGCGGGAGAUAUUGCUGCUGCCAUAAAUUUAGAACAUACCAUUACUGAUAAGGAAACAGGUCAAAUGAUUAUUGCUGGUAUGGGAGAAUUACACCUCGAAGUUUCUAUGGAAAGACUAAGGAGAGAGUAUAAAUUAGAUAUUGAAAGCAAACCUCCUAAGACUGGCGGAAGAGGUCAUGAUGCUAGAAUUUGGAUCACUUUUGAACCAAACAAAGGAAAAGGAUUUGAGUUUGUGGAUGCUAAGAAGGGUCAAGAUAUGUCUAGCAAAGAUGCCGAAGAAGUAAAAGAAGGAUUAGAAGAAGCCAUGUCAUCUGGUUUGCUCCUGAACUAUCCCUUGCUUGAUGUCAAAGCCACUUUGCUUGGGGGAAAAAGGCAUGAGGUAGACACCCAGCCAGGUGAUUUCAAAAAUGCGGCGGUUUUAGCUUUCCGAGAAAAUAAAGAAAAGUUAGGAUUAGUUUUGUUAGAACCAAUUAUGCAAUUACAAGUAAUAGUUCCUAAAGAUUAUAUGGGAGAUAUUCUUGCUAACCUUGGCUCCCGCCGUGCUACCAUUGAAAAUACCAAAGAAGAGGAAGAUAAUACUUAUAUAGAUGGCAAAAUUCCUUUAAAGGAAAUACUUAAUUACUCUACUAUCCUGCGCCAACUAACCAAAGGUCGGGGUACUUAUUCAAUGCAUUUAUCUCAUUACCAAGAAGUUCCCAAAGAAACUUUAGAAAAAAUAUUAAAAGAGGAAAAAAUCUUGCUUGGUGAAUAA